AUGACGAGGUGGUCGAUAGAAUUAAGUGAAUUCGACAUACAGUAUCAACCGAGGCCCGCAGUCAAGGCUCAGGUACUCACGGAUUUUACAGCAGAAAGGCUCCCCGAGUCAUCCACCAAGUCGAAGGAGUGGACAUUGCACGUUGAUGGGUCCUCUAAUGCUGCUGGAGGGGGAGCCGGAUUCAUCCUUUCUGACCUAGAGGGCAAUGAAACUCUCUUCGCCCUAAAACUGGAGUUCAUAGCAACCAACAACGAGGCGGAGUACGAAGCCCUGUUAGCCGACCUGCGCUUGGCGGAAGCAUUAGAGGUGGCACAGAUCAAAGUACUGAGUGAUUCCCAGCUGGUGGUAGAGCAACUUAAAGGAGAAUUCGAGGCUAGGGAUCAAAGAAUGAAGAAAUAUCUCUCCAAGGCAAGAGAGUACAUAGAGGCAUUCAUCCAGUUCGACAUAGAUCUCGUACCGAGAGCAGAGAAUAAAAAUGCGGACGCACUCGCGAAGUUAGCCUCGACAACCGGUUCGAAAUGGAAAGACACUAUCUAUCUUGAACGCAUAGGGAAACCCUCAUACGAGGAGGACAGAAUUAACUCAGUGGUGUCCGAAUUCAGCAAGGACGAUUGGAGAGCGUCCUUAUUCCUAUACCUCCAGGACGGAUCCUUACCAGAAGAUAAUAAGGAGGCUCAAAAGGUGAGGAGGAAAGCUGCAAGAUAUAUGUUGAUGGGCCAGGAGCUCUACAGGCGAUCCCUGACAUUGCCCUACCUUCGAUGUUUAAGCAAAGACGAAGGGGAAUACAUACUACGGGAAAUCCACGAAGGAGUAUGCAGAAACCACCUUGCUAGUAGGGCUUUAGCUCACAAAGUUAUGCGACAGGGAUUUUACUGGCUCACAAUGAAGAAGGACACGGUCAAGCUCGUCAAAAAAUCCACCAUAACAGAGCGUAAUAUUACACGCUUCGUGUGGACCUCAUUGGUUUGUCGCUAUGGCAUUCCCUCGGCGAUAGUUACAGACCAUGGGAAGCAGUUUGACAACGACCGCUUCAAAAAGUUCUGUUCGGACCUAUCUAUUAAGCUUCUCUUCGCGUCAGUGGUGCACCCCCAGAGCAAUGGACAAGUAGAGAACAUGAAUUGGACGAUUCUGCACGGACUAAGGACGCGACUCGAAUCCAUGCAAGGUAGAUGGACAGAGGAACUCCCUUCCCUUAUAUGGGCAUACCACACCACCAAGAGAGCAGCAACAGGGGAAACCCUGUUCAUGCUUGUCUUCGGCGCAGAAGCAGUCAUCCCAGCAGAGGUGGGCAUACCUUCUUGGCGAAGGAAGUACUUUAAUGAGCAGACCAACAGUGAGGAGCUCAGGAGACUUAGUCCUGAGGAAGAGGUGAAACAACCCGUCCGAGCAAGGGUCGCACAAGUUAAAGCCUAA